CGGCUCCGUUUCCACUCCCUCGACCCCUCCCCUGCCGCAGGAGUCGGCCUCUGGGGCCGCAAAGCCGGCUUCUAGACCGUGAAGGAGGCUUUCGGUUGCAGAUCCCUCUGGAUAAGUUGACAGAGCUGAACUGACGAACCAAACGUUCCUGCUAAAUUCCAUAGUCUGCAACCUAACUUCGUCGAUUGUGAACUAUCAGAGUACAAUAAUUCCGACCCAUGGGGAGCUUUGUGGGGUUGCUGAGCGUUGACCAAGGUCCAAGCAUGGAGCUCUUUGGAAUCUAGUUGUGGCUUGGCUUAUUUCCAUGGCCUGCAUAGGUUCCCCACACUGAUACAGUGAUACACUCUAGAUAUGGCCUUGCACCUCCAUGCCAGAAAUCCAGAGUUUUCAUAUCAAUAAAAGAGUUGCCUACCCUCAGCUUUCAUUUCUUUGUACCACUACAAGGCCGCGUGACAUGUGUGAGGUUCCUGUGUUCGAACACUGCAGGCUGAGCCAUCAGUGUGCUGUGUAGGGUCGGUCAUUCAGCUGUCUCUUUCAUAGUAUUGUUAGGCUCCAGUCACUUCACAAAAUCAGGCUGGUAUUUUUUGGCGAGCCGGUUAAAACUUGAACGCUGAGCAAAAACGGCACGUUUGCAAGCUGAGCCCCGGCCAUCGCUCCUACCACAAUAUCUUGCCAACGAAAAGACUGCAGCUAUAUGUACAGCGUGCAGCGAAGACAACAAAAUAGUACAGAUGGGCCUGGUCCUGGUGCUCCGCUGAUGCCCCUCCUCUGGUGCUCACCACCCAGUCCGACAUCGCCAUGUGAUGGCCGAACAGCACUACGUGCCCAGAACUGGCCUUGAUUCCUUUUACCAAGCCUUGCUCUGCGUCCUGAUCAAGUCAUCAGAAACAGUCCUGCAGAGUAGAUUAUCUUGAUUUGCCCUUCAAAUCUUGGUUCUGAGUUUCUGACCUCUGUUUAAAAAAAAUUAGGUGCCGUGCUGGUGCUGCUGAGUGAGGUUUACGGUUUAGGGUUUACCCUGCGGUGUUCUCUGACCCUAUGUUAGUUUGAGGAUGAAACUGUUUUAAACUGACGACGGGCGUCGACAGAUUCAACAGGCCGAACUGUUAUUUAUUGUUAUUUGCGAAAAUCAUAAAGCGCAGCGACAGAUUCUUCGCAGUUUUUGGUGGCCACUGCGUAAAAGACAGAUCGGUCUCAGGGGGAGUCGUCGGGCGUUCCACGCUGAAAUCUGGAAUGAAAAGACUAAGCUCAUAUAUUGGGAGGGCCGCAGCAGAAAAUGGGCUCUGUCGGCCGGGAGUCUCUCCAGAUCGGCUGGCCACUCCUGUCUGCCCCCACCGUUAUCUUGGACUUGCCAGCCUCGCUGUGCUUUGCCUCCCCCCCAUCGUCCUCAUGGGAAUUUUAAAGGGAAGCGCCUGCUAGCAGCCACCUCUCCCUGCCGCAGCUAGUCAGCAUCUUCAGUCUUGCACUCCCCCCUCUGCAAGGAAGCGAGCUGCGCGCGCGAUGCCCCAGGUGGACCUGGAGAGCCUGGUGUGCGGCGUGUCGGGCGCCGGCGCCGGCGCUGGUGACAGGAAGGUGUCGUGCGAGACGGUCAUCGCGGGGGGCAGCGGGGACGCCUCGCCGCCGCCGGACCCGGACUUGCCGCCCGAGUCGAUAACCAUCCCCAUCGGCGACGACGCGGCGUUCUCGGAGCUGAACCCGAUAUACGAGCGGGACGACUCCACCAAGGGCAGCACCAACCCCAAGUUCGCGGCCGCCGCCGCCGUGGCCAACCCCGUCGCGGCCAAGACGCGGUCCAACUCCACGCGCGUCGCGGGCGCCCCGCCGCCCCCCGCGGCCGGCACCACGUUCUUCGGCCUCCCGGCGAGGAUCCGCCCGACCUUCACCCGGCGCCGCCCGUCGCAGGGCCGGAUCUUGCACGGCAAGCGCGCGGGCGGCGGCGGCGGCGGCGGCGGCGAGGUGGAGCCGCGGUCGCCCAAGGUGUCCUGCAUUGGCAAGGUCCUGUCCGACCGGGAGCGGCACGGACGGCGCCGGCGCGGGUGGUGGUACGGCGUGGCCGCCAUGUUCCGGUGCGACGGCUGCGCCCGUGUGCCCGGCGGCGCGUCCAGGAAGAAGGUGGCGCUGGAGGACGAUGCCGGGCGGCGGCGGCAGCAGCAGCAGCAGCCGGGCGGCAUUGCGGGAAUGCGGAGGUUCAAGUCCGGGAGAAGAGCCGCAUCGUGGGGAGACGAGGCGCUGGCCGCGGCGGCGACGGGGGCCGACCCGGACGAGGGGGAGGAGGAGGAGGAACCCGACAGCAAGGACGCUGUGCAGUGGUCCCGGCGGCCGGUAACUUAGGUUGCGGUGAGGGCGGGAAACGAUUGGGCGCCGCUGGGGUGGGCCCGCUGUAAGUGACUGCCGUGGUCGCCGAUAGGUGAGCCCGAGGCGUCUCGAGCAGCACGGUCGGCUUUGGCUGGCUGGCUGGUCGCCGCUCGAUGGCGAUCGUAGACUGGCCUGGCCUCCUAGAACUGCGAGUUUUGGAGUUCGGUGGAUUGUUUCUGCGUGGAAUUACGCAACCCAUUUGGAAGAGCUUGUUUGUUGAAACUUGAGCUCCUCGGCAGCGGCGGCCUACCGCUGUGUACAUAGCAGUGUUCUACUGCCUCAAGCAAUAACAGGAGCGCAUAAUGUGCAGUCCGCCAUUCGCCUGUCU